AUGGGUGCGUCUGACGGUCCCAUUACUGCCGCUUCAGGUCCUGACGCCUCAUUCGCGCAGAUGAAAAUCAACAACCUCUUCAAUGGGGAAGUCGAAGCGAAGGUUGCUACCAAGGAUAAGGGCAAAAAGCGUGCUGCAACCAAGUUUCCAUUCAAGCGUGCAGAGACUGUACGUAUUCCUUACACUGCUGUCCCUGGCAUGGACACUAAACAUCGUAUUUACUUCAAGGCCGCUGCUAUCGAGAAUGGUCAGGUUGCAUCGUCUAGCAACAAGCAGGCUCGGAUUGAUCCCUUGUCUGCCACUGACCUUGCCGACCUUCAGCGUCAUCGCGGACACUCUUUGUCGCUUGAUAGUUCCAUCAAGGACUUUAUCACCCAGCGUACCAGAGUCGUACUCGACAAACCCAUGCCAGGCGAACCCAUGCUGGAUCAUUAUUGUACUACCGAGUUGGACUUGCGCAACCGCGUCAUUACUGUCCUUCAGCGCAUGGACUUAGAGCUUAAGCUUUUUGAAGUUGUUAAUGCUGAGUACGAGACUGUUGCUGACUUGCUCAAGGAUUAUGAGGAAAUCAAGGCUUUUCUCGCUUAA